GAGGGGAGGCCAGGCCAGGCCGCGGGGGAUUGAGGGAGAGGAGAGGGGAGGCCAACAUGGCGGACAAGUUUGACAACCUGGAGGAACAUUUGGAGAAAUUCAUCGAGAACAUCCGGCAGCUCGGCAUCAUCGUCAGUGAUUUCCAGCCCAGCAGCCAAGCGGGACUGAACCAGAAACUAAAUUCUAUGAUCACAGGGCUACAAGAUGUUGACAAAUGCAGACAGCAGUUGCAUGAUAUCAAUGUACCACUGGAGGUUUUUGAGUACAUUGAUCAAGGCCGAAAUCCUCAGCUUUAUACCAAAGAGUGCUUAGAAAGAGCUUUGGCAAAGAAUGAACAAGUCAAAGGCAAAAUUGACACUUUGAAGAAAUUCAAAGGGCUUCUGAUUCACGAACUGAGCAAAGUUUUCCCUGAAGAAAUGUCCAAAUAUCGAGCUAUCCGGUGUGAAGAUCAUCCGCCUACGUAGCUGGACACGGCUGCUUCCUUGUUUGAAAAUAUACUGCCUUCACUUUCCAAGACGUGAACAGAUGGGGCUCAUUUAACUGAGGAAUAAAGAUUCUUAAAUUCAGUGCUUCAAAAGAAUGGCAUUUUCCCUACUGGACAAGACUGGAAAACAACUGGGUAUUAAGGAAGUAGUGACUUUCGUUUCAGAUGUAUUUUGAUCGGAUUGAAUGGGAUUGAUUUAAUGUAUGUCUGUUGAGAUGGAUUGGUGUAAUUCAAUAAAACAUAAAUCUUCAGAUACUUUUGUACAAAUGCAAACAAUGAAUCCAUUUUGUAUGUUGCUGGUCAUAGCACCAUUUUUUUGUAAUAAAAUAAAUUCUUUGCUACCAAGAUU